UAUAACAAUAAUAUAUGACUGAGUAGUAUGAGUGACGAGGAGUUCCAUUCUGGUGCGCCGUUGGAAAGCAUUCCGACUGUCCAACAAGGGAAACAGUGGUUGGAUGCAGCACGGUCGGGAACGAGGCCGUGGCGAGACUUUGUAGCCUUUUCUAAACUCUCCAAACCAAAUUCGCUGCGAGACGCGACCAGACGUCUUUUCGUCAACGUGAAACGCUUCAGGAGUAACUACCUGUUUGUCUUCGUCGGUCUGGCCGUUUACUGCAUUCUGACGUCACCUGUUCUUCUCUUUGGAUUGGCGUUUUUGCUGCUCGCUGUGUGGUACAUAUUUAGAAACGAUGGAAAGCCGAUAACGCUGGCAGGAAGAGAGUUUGGAAGCAAGGAGCAGUAUACGUUUGUUGCACUGAUUAGUGUGCCUUUGUUUAUUGUUGGUGGAGCGGGAUCUGCUGUCUUUUGGAUUAUUGGUGCCUCCAUCGUCGUCAUCAUGCUCCAUGCAAUAUUCAUGACUGCAGAAACGAUGGACCCUGCUGAGCAGUUUGCAGUCGAGAUGGAAUCAGUAGUCGUCAACUGACUGAAGACAACACCAGGCAUUGUGUGAUACAUAAAU